GGGGGUUCUAAUCACUGGCCUCAUGUUGCAUUAGCUCAUUUGACACAACCGAAGAGUUGGCAGAAGAAUGCUAUUUCCCACAGGCCAGCUGGCUGUAAACACAGGGAUAUGGAUGUCCCCUAAGCAUGGAUACUGCUUGUGUUUGCUCCCUAUCCUUUAUCUUCUUCAGCUCUUCAGCACCGGGGCAUCUUGGCCAAAUGUUUUUAGGCCACAGGAGGAUAAGUGCCCAGGCCCACAGUGGAACGCUAUGUGCCGUACCUGCUGCGAGUAUGAGCAGAUUUCAUGUAAGUGCCCAUCUCAGGGAACAAAAGUGGGUUACGCUGUACCAUGCUGUCGAAACGCUCUAGAUGAGUGUGACCCCUGCAUCCUACACCAAGGUUGCAGCAUUUUUGACAACUGCAAGACUUGCAAUAACGGCACCUGGCGGGCCAAGGAUGAUUUCUAUAUCAGAGGCAGGUACUGCACAGCCUGCCGCCGUGGGUGGUCGGGCGGAGAUUGUCUCACAUGCGGAGAAGUUAUACAUAGACCACAUGGCCAUGUGAUAUUAGAGAGUUAUCCAAUUAAUGCAAAGUGUGAAUGGACGCUACAAGUUGGCCAAGGAGCAACAGUUGAACUCAGGUUUUCUAUGAUUAGCAUGGAAUCUGACCAUAGCUGUCGCUAUGACUACGUGGAGGUGCGAGAUGGAGACAAUCCAAAAUCACCUGUUAUCGGCAGAUACUGCGGGGAAGAAAGCCCUACUCCAGUCAAAAGCUCUGGAAACUCCCUUCAUAUUCGUUUUGUGUCAGACGGCUACAAUAACUAUGACGGGUUUUCCGCAACAUUCCAGGAGGUUUCAGGCCAAGCACCACCUCUGUGUGCAACCCCCCAAAAACCUUCACACGGAGAUCUCUUCCUACGGUACAAAGAAAAUAUUGUCACCUCAGUGCAGUACCUUUGCUAUAAACCCUUCAAGCUCAAGGGAUCAUCACAGCUGGCAUGCCUACCCAAUGGCACAUGGAGUGGAACUGUUCCUGUAUGUUUGAAAGAACUGAUCAUAAAAGACUGCCCCACUCCACCACAGCUCCACAAUGGAUAUUUCACAGAGGUUUCAGGCUCUAACGGCAGAAUCAAACAUGUGGAAUUGUAUUGCAACAAUACCUACAUUCUCAGCGGGGAUUCGAAAAGAACGUGCCAGAUAAAUGGGACCUGGAGUGGCAGUCAGCCCCUAUGUGUCAGAGCCUGUAAAGAACCUAAAAUCUCAAAACUUGUGCGGCAAAAGAUUGUAAAACACCAACCUCCUUCCAGGAAAAGCCCAGUCCACAAGCUGUAUUCUGCAUCCGCACAGACAGGGACUGAAGCAGGCUUGCAGGAGAAAGAGUUUAGUGUUGUUGUAGACCUUCCAUCAACCUUCCACCAUGUGUAUUCUAGUAUAGAAUAUGAGUGUGUCUCAAUGCUUUACAAGCACUCCGGUAGUGCCCGUCGCACGUGUCUGAAGACUGGCAAGUGGAGUGGUCGUCAUUUUACUUGUUCACCAGUAUGCGGGAAAUUGUCGCCUGCCAGUCCCCAAAAUUUAACAGAGGUUCACUGGCCAUGGCAUGCUGCCUUAUAUACUCAUCUCCAUCACGUAAGUCAUCCUCUGGGAAGGACCAAACGACGGGGCGAUACAUUUGCAACAGAUGAGGAUGAGGAGCAGGUAAAGGAAGACCACAGAUUGCAGCUCAUCUGUAGUGGAGCUCUGGUGAACCAGCACUGGGUCGUGGUGGCUGCCCAUUGUGUGGCGGAGCCUGGCGGGACCGAACCUCUCAGAGCAAAUGAUCUAAAUGUGGUGAUGGGAAAACAUGUCCUCAUAGACAGUAAGACACUACAGCACAUACAGAUUUCUCAGAUCUUGAUCCAUCCAAACUAUGAUCCACACGUCUUAGACUCCGACCUAGCCUUACUGAAGCUGGUGGACAAAGCUCGAGUCAGUGAAUACGUGUCCCCAGUUUGCCUCCCACAUCUGCAGGGUGGCGAGAUCACCGCUAAUCAGGCCUUCCUCACUGGCUGGCCCAUAGCAGGCCAUAGCAGGAGAGCAGGGAACGCAGACUCGGAUGUAGCUAGGACCGGACUGAUAGAAUUGGCUGAUGUGGACAAAUGCGAGAAACAGUACAGCAGACAUGGGGUCACAGUCAGCAUUACUGAUAACAUGCUAUGUGGACGGCAACAUCCGCUCAGCCCGUCCAUGAUCUGCCCUUCAGAAACUGGAGGAAUCAUCAUUGCGACCACUGCAGAUACCCAGCCUAACAUAGGCCUGCAGUCUUUUUACCCCAGCAGGGCAGGGGAAACUGAUUCCCAUCACAACUGGGAACUGCUGGGGCUGGUGAGCUUCGGGUAUGAUAUACAAGGAUGUAAUCAAAGUUUGUUUACCAUCUACACACGAGUAUCCAACUUCAAAACCUGGAUUGAGAAGAACAUUACCUAGUUUUUUUUGUCAAAAAUGUGAAUGCAUUUUUUCUUUUGUGUUGCUUUUUAAUUGCUUUGACAGGACUGGUUCAUUAUGAAGCCAUAUGAGGUGGACUAUGAUACCGCACAUAUCAGAAUUCAACAUCAAAUCAAUGAUAAAAAAUGUGGAACCUGAGAUUUCACAACGUUAUGCCCUUGCAUGUGAGGAUAUGUUUGUGCAUGGUCAAAUGCAGAGGCAACGUUCCUUAUGAAUUCAGUCACAGGGUUUACAGGCUUUAGCUUGCCUUCGGCCUUUCUUUGAGUCUUAAUUUCACAUCCCUGUGAUCAUAUUUUUCGCACAGUAAAUGUUUUUGUCUUUAGUGCAGCCCGAUCAACCAAAAAUGGGAUUAUUUGUCACUUCAAAUUAAAAAAUAAAUUUAAUUGUGGUA